AAUAACCAUAUCGCAUGUUAACUGCCUUAAGAACACCCUGCCGAUAUUUCCCACCACCGCAUUUGAGCCCCCUAACACCGCGCGCCCAGUCCAACGAGCCUAAUGCCUCGCGAUCCACUGAUCGGGCUUGUUGGCAAGCCCUCAUCCGGGAAAUCCACAACGUUAAACAGUUUGACAGAUGCAUCUUCUAAAGUCGGAAAUUUUCCCUUCACGACCAUCGACCCCCAGCGCGCAAUCGGAUACCUACAAAUAGACUGCGCUUGUCAGCGGCAUAACUUGACCGAGAAAUGCAAACCCAAUUACGGGAGUUGUCACGAAGGUCGGAGGUCGGUUCCAAUCGAAUUACUGGAUGUCGCAGGGCUGGUUCCGGGAGCACACGAGGGCAAAGGACUUGGGAAUAAAUUCUUGGACGAUUUGCGCCAUGCCGAUGCGCUGAUACAUGUGGUCGAUGUGAGCGGCACAACGGAUGCUGAAGGGAAGGCAACUAGGGGGUACGACCCAUCGCAGGACAUCAUUUGGUUAAAAUCAGAGAUUGUAAGAUGGAUUCUUGGAAAUUUGAUGGAGAAAUGGGGUUCUAUAAAGCGUCGCCAUGUCGCAGUAAAAGCGACACCCGUCGAAACAUUGCAAACGCAAUUCUCCGGCUAUGGAGCGACAUCGAAGAUAGUCGCCAGGUGUCUUGAUCGAUUAGACCUUAAAGAGCCCCUACAAGAUUGGUCUGAUGAAACAAUUGCACAGGUUGUCGUCGCAUUCAUAGACGAAAAAUUUCCCACCGUUUUGGCAUUGAACAAAAUCGAUCAUCCAGACGCUGAUAAGAAUAUAAACAAGAUUGCAAAAGUGCAAGAUCCCCAAUCCAUUGUCCUAUGCUCCGCAAUAUCAGAAGUAUUCCUUCGUAAGCUCGCAAAGCAGGGAUACGUCAAGUAUGUGGAAGGUAGUGAGUUCGUCGACACAAGAGAAGAUCUAAUAGAGAUGGGCGAUCCCGACGGUGGUGGCCUCAAGGAAAUGGAUGACAAGCUCAAAAACCGAGUUGAAAACCUGAAGGGUCUUGUUCUAUAUCGAUUCGGGUCUACAGGUGUCGUUCAGGUGCUCUCUCGUGCUGCAGAGCUCCUUGGGCUUGUGCCCGUAUUUCCGGUGCGGAAUAUUCACAAUUUCACUUCCGGUUCAGGGGGUGGAAACGCCGUCUUCAGAGACUGUGUUCUAGUCAAGAAAAAUAGUACCGUCGCAGACGUGGCCCGGAAGGUGAUGGGCGAUGCACCCAUAGCCUACGUUGAAGGAGUUGGUGGUAUAAGAGUCUCGGAAGAUGAGGUGGUCUCAGUUGGGAAACAUGAUAUUCUCUCAUUCAAAGUCGGUAGAUGAUACAGGAUAUAUCAAUAGAACAUAUUCACAUGUUAA